GUCCCUUUUAAGGAGCGGGCAUGGCGGGUGCGGCUCCCGCGCCCCUUUCCUCCUCCGCGAGAGGCGCCCCGCCAAGCCUCGCUCUCCCUUUCGCGGAAGGAACGAGAAGAGCCCAAGAUGGCGGUCGCCUCAGCUGCAGCGAUCACCUCGGAGCAGCAAAGUUCUAAUGGUCCUGUGAAGAUAUCGAUGCGUGUGAAAGCCGUGGAGCGGAGGAAUAUUAACAAAGAACACAACAGUAACUUCAAGGCUGGAUAUAUUCCAAUUGAUGAAGAUCGUCUGCAUAAAACUGGCUUGCGAGGCAGGAAAGGCAACUUGGCCAUUUGUGUGAUAGUCCUCCUAUUUAUUUUGGCUGUCAUCAAUUUGAUUAUCACGCUUAUCAUCUGGACUGUAAUUCGCAUUGGACCCAGUGGCUGUGACAGCAUGGAAUUUCAUGAUAGUGGCUUAUUGCGAUUUAAACAAGACUCUGACAUGGGAAUUAUACAUCCAUUGUAUAAGAGCACAGUCGGAGGUCGACGUAAUGAGGAUUUGGUGAUUGUUGGAGAGAACCAGCCAAUUGUGUUUCAGCAAGGGGAAACAAAACUUAGUGUUGCAAAGAAUGGAACCUCAAUUACAAGUGAUAUUGGUAUGGAAUUUGUUGACCCACGGACUCAGAAUACUUUGUUUAGCACUGACUAUAAUACUCAUGAGUUUCAUUUGCCAACUGGAGUAAAAAUUUUGAAUGUUCAAAAAGCAUCUACGGAGAGGAUUACCAGCAAUGCUACCAGUGAUCUGAAUAUAAAGGUUGAUGGACGUGCCAUUGUCCGUGGAAAUGAAGGUGUUUUUAUCAUGGGCAAAACCAUCGAGUUCCAUAUGGGGGGCAAUAUGGAACUGAAAGCAGAUAAGAGCAUUGUUCUAAAUGGAAGCGUGAUGGUCAACACAGCUCGACUGCCGAGUCCUUCUCAUGGGGAGAAAUUAAACAAUGGCGACUGGGAACGCUACAAACUUUGCAUGUGCUCUGACGGGACUCUAUUCCGCAUUCCAGUUAAGAGCCGCAACAUGGGUUGCCAAACCUCAGUUAAUCCCUGCGGUAAUACAUAUUAAAAGCAAAACAGGGCACUAUCAAACGAGGAGUUUAAGUUUAAAACAGUUGCAUGCAUUUUUUGUUUUGUUUUGUUUUUUUACCACGCUUGUAAAAGAACUACAUGAAGCACUUUUUAAAAUCCAGGACACUACAUUGAACAGAUUCUUUUAAACAUGAGUCAUAUCAUCAGACCAUUUGUGCUACAUAUUACUGUAUUUUAGUAAGGUACUUAAGUACAUUCAUCACUCCAAAAGUACUUUAGGAUAUAGCUGAAUCAAAGUCACUGAAAUCUUUGCGAAAGGCCGAAUGGCGCAUGGUGCCAUCUCUGGCUUAUCUCACCUUUGCAAGCGUACUUUCUGCAACUGGUCUGUGAGAACCUUCGGAUGUGCACAGAUCAGUGUAUAUGCAUGUGAGAAUAGGGUGACCUCAACCACUACCGGCAUGUGGGCUUCUGAAAAGUGGCUGGGUGGUGAGCAUGGCUGUGGGCCAAAAAUGGCUAGCCAUGCCUUGGCUAAAGGUUGUGUUGCCUACAUGGCAGUCUUCAUUCAUGUGCCCCCUAGCGGGGCAUGAUCUACUCACAUACCCCACCCUCUGAUUUCAUAUAUGCCUCAACAGAAUAUGCUGAGCAGUAUUUGUGGGGGGAAACGCGUCUGAACUCUGGUGCUUUGAAUCUUUUAGGAUUAUGCAGAGACUCUUCACCAACAGCACAGGUUUCCAUAUAAAUAGAUUGGCAUUUCAUCUGGGCAAAUAUCACAAACGAGAUUAGUUUUUAAAAAGUCUUUAGGUGCUUCAGGGCGCUGAGUACAUUCUGUUUGAUCUCCCUUUUUAGUCCCUCCUGUGAGUUGUCUCUGUGCAAAAUAUAAGAAAGGAGAGGCUCUACAGGAACAAAAUUCAGGAACAGUUAUGAAAUAUUUUGAAGUACAGGGCGCCAUCAAUGUAUUGGCUUCCCUUUGCUGUCUUCAUAGGUUCUGCAUUUUAUUUGAAUAUUAUAAAUUAUUUUUAAAGCCUGCUUUUAGCAAUAGUAACAAACAGCUUAUUUUCCCACAGAGAAAAAUAACAUUCUUGAGAUAAAUAAUUUUAGUUCAAACUGCUUUUUAAAUGAGAAAAAAAUUGGAAGGCAGUUCAGAGAAUAAUUGGGAGAUAUUUUUUUUUAAAAAACCCUCAUGUUGGCAGGGUAUAAGUGCAAACCUGACUUGCACAUGUUGUAGAGAAAGAAAAUGGUGAUACAUUUAUCUGCGUGAACAGCAUUCAAAGUUGUACUGAGAGAUAUGAUUGGGGCUAUUCUAUAACUACCCUCUGCAACUAAUUGCAAUGCAAAUUUGUUAUCCUGUGACCAAUCACUUCAUUGGUACGGGUUGGAUAUAGUUAAAUGUCAUUAUGAAAUGGAGUAUUAAAACUACUAAACCAAAAUUAUGGCAGCUCCUGUUAACCCAUUAGCUGCUUUGGCAGAAACAAUUGUGUUUAUAUUAGUUACUUACCGUAGUGGCCAAAUUCUCCCCACCCGACAGCAAAGUCCAGGUGGGGUUCUAAGCAAGGGAGUUCAAUCUUCGUGUAGAAAAGAAGUGAAAACUACAUAGUCACUGGGGUGGGGGAUUUCUAAAAGCCCUUCCCCGUGAAUUAAAAGCAUCAAACCUCCCCCCCCCUUGAAGAUCUCCUCCUAGUGGCCAAAUUCUCCCCACCCAACAGCAAAAUCCGGGUGGGGUUCUAAGCAAGGGAGUUCAGUCUUCGUGUAGAAAAGUGAAAACUACACAGCCACUGGGUGAGAUUUCUAAAAGCCCUUCCCCGUGAAUUAAAAGCAUCAAACCUCCCCCCACCCAGAAGAUCUCCUAGUGGCCAAAUUCUCCCCACCCAACAGCAAAGUCCGGGUGGGGUUCUAAGCAAGGGAGUUCAGUCUUCGUGUAGAAAAGAAGUGAAAAGUACACAGCCACGAGGGGGGGGAGAUUUCUAAAAGCCCUUCCCCAUGAAUUAAAAGCAUCAACCCCCCCCCCCCAGAUCUCCUCCUACCAGAGUUACUUUUGAACUUUAAAUUAUUACUUUUAAUUCUUCUUUUAACAUGCUAUUUAAGUAUUAGCCCUAUACAGGGAUAACAAUACUGAUUUACAUUAUCUCAGGACUUACAGCAGUGACAUAAGGCACAUGAAAUGCUUUGAACACAUGGCAUGUGUUAUAUAAGUGGUAAAUAUUAGUACAGCUUCAGCCUCUUCAUGCCCUGGAAGAAUGGGGUUAAAAGCAAAAAGCCUCAGGCAGCUGAAUGGUGCCUCAAAAUUUGCAGGAUAAUUUGUACGCUAAUCAUAUGCUAGAGCAGGGGUGUCAAACUCAAAUUCAUCAGGGGCCGCAUCAGCAGUUUGGUCACCCUCAAAGGGCCGGUUGUAUCUGUAGGACUAUGUGUCCACUCUUUAUUAUCAUAAAUUAUUGUCACUGCAUUCAAUUAUUACUGUUUUAUGUAAUAAUGUAAGUAAUAACUAGCUCUGAAAGCUGAAACAUAGUCAGAAUAAUGGCAAGUAGAUAUUCAAAUGUACAAUUAUUGUACAAUUUAUUGAAAAAUGAUUUUUGGUAACUGCACUGGGUGGUGGAGGCUCGCUAGGGUUUCAUGCAGGAGCUUUGCAGAGCUACUGGUACCUGGAGAUGCUGGGGUCCUUCUGCAUGCAGGACAGAUGUUCUGCCAGUGAGCCACCACCCUUCACCAAAGGGACUGGCUGAGGUUGACUCACUGGAGCUGCUCUCCUGGUUCCAGGGUUUAAGGGCCAGAAGUAUAAAGCAGCAUCCUAUGUUUCUGAGGAGAGGGAGAGGGAGGGGAGGGGAGGGGAGGAAGGAAAGAAGGAAGGAAGGAAGGAAGGAAGGAAGGAAGGAAGGAAGGAAGGAAGGAAGGAAAGAGGGAGUGGGAGUGGGAGUGAGAGAGGAAGGAAGGAAAGAGGGGAGAGAAAGAAGAGUAGGAAAUAAGGAAGAGAAUAAAGAAGGAAAGAAAAGAAAGAGGGAGAGAAGACGGAAAGGGAGAAAGAUGGAAGGAAGUAGAGGGAAAGAAAGAAUAAGAAUGAGGGAGAGGAAGAAAGUUGGGAAGGACGGAAGGAAGAAAGGAAGUAAGAAAGAAAGAAAGAAAGAAAGAAAGAAAGAAAGAAAGAAAGAAAGAAAGAAAGAAAGAAAGAAAGAAAAGAGGGAGCAGGAGGGAAAGAAAAAGAAAGAGGGAGAGAGGACAGAGAUAAAGAAGGAAGGAAGGAGAGGGAAAGAAAGAAUAAGAACGAGAGAGAGGAAGAAAGAAAGGAAGGGAAGGGGGGGUCGCCGCCUUGAUUCAGCGCCAGAAAAGAGCGCGAAGGGACCCAGGGGCAAAAAGCAUUUCCCCGGCCCCAGCUGUUUGUCGGCGCUUUGUUGGCGCGGCGCUUCAGCAGCAAGGUCCCACUGCUGGGUCCCGCUGGCUGGGGCGCUCGGCGGGCCACAUGACGAGGUCUGGCGGGCCGGAUUUGGCCCCCGGGCCUUGUGUUUGACACCCGUGUGCUAGAGUUUUGUAUUUUAUCAGAGUUGAAUGAGUCAAGCAACCAGGCAACUGUUCAUUUUGAUUCUGACUCAUGGCUGUAGAUAGCCUCCUAACAGCAUUGUUUAGGCCACUUUCACUACAAAAUAGCAGGAACCGUAACAUGAAAUGCAAAGGUUGGCAAAGGACUUUGUUAAAUAUUAACAAAAGCAUAAAUAGUAUCAAUAGAUUAAAGUCAGUGAAGUAUCUUCCUUUUAGUAGAAAUUUAGGACUGACAAUAUUUGGAAGGCAACAGUAUAAAUCAUCAGUUGUUCUGGCUUGAAUCCAAGGAAGCCCAUGCAAGCAUCUUAAGUAUUUUUGAACACACAGGGCCUUCGCUAAUGUUUAUUUCCCAUGGCAGCCCUUCAGAGAGCAUCAGGUGCUACUCUAGAUGCUGACACAACUUUCAGCAUCUGCCAUUGGGAGAUAAGGGUAGAGUGGAAUGAAAGGUCCAACGUAUAUGUAAGAGACAUUUUUUAAAAUGCACUGCAGGAACAAUGAAGAAAGCUCAUUUAUAACAGGCAUUUGGCUCAGAGCAUCCCUUCACAGAUUACCAGUCUGCUUAAAACUGUUGAUCCUAUUGUUAAACCACUCAAUCUGCAAGUGCUACAAUGUGGCAAAACUAAAUUUGGAGAGCAAGGUCCUAAAGGAAAACCCAAAUACAGUGGUUCCUCAACUUACGAAUUUAAUCCGUUCCGAAGGCACCUUCGUAAGUAAAAAAAUUCGUAAGUCGAAAAACGCCAUUGGAAACGUGAUUUCCCAUAGGAAUGCAUUGAAAACGGAAAAAUUCGUAAGUCAAAGCAACCCCAUCUAAAAAUUUGUAAGUCGAAAAAUUCCUAUCUAAAACCGCCACGGUUAUUUUUUUGAUGUCGAGACAUUUGUAAGCGCGCGGCCGUAAGUCGAAAAAUUCGGUUGUUGAGUCGUUCGUAAGUCAAGGUACCACUGUAGUAGCAAUAAACUUUAAAAGGGUUUUUUAUUGAACACUCCUAAACAAUCUCUGUGAAUGUAUUUUUUCCACUGUGGUGCUGUUGCUAUUUAUUUGCACAUUUUUUUUUACUAAAAGUUACUUUAUACAAAAUGAAAGUGUUAUUGGUUUUUAACUUGCUGUGCUGCUUUCUGUGCGUGGCUGUUUUUUGUUUUGUUUUUUAGGACAGGACUUUUCUAAUACUUUUAUGCCUUUGAUUCUGAUGAGCUGUAUACAAACUGUACCUCUGCACUGAGGAGCAGUUUGGACAUCUAACAAUUGCUGAGAUGUUCUCCUGUACACCUUUGUAAACUUUAUUUCAAAAUAAAACUAUAUGGGAUAGUCCAUUUGAAAUGGUUUCAAAAAUCUAGCCUCAUACAUCUUAAAUUGGGUAGUAUAGCAGCUGUGUAUAAGCCACACACACUUUGGAUGGCCUUCGACAAGCCAUUCUCUCAUAUCCUUCCCACCAACUAUACAAAAUAAUAAUAGUGGCCUAGUUCAGGGGUAGGCAACCUAAGGCCCGGGGGCUGGAUGCGCCCUAAUCACCUUCUGAAUCCGGCCCACAGACUGUCCAGGAAUCAGCGUUUUUACAUGAGUAGAAUGUGUCCUUUUAUUUAAAAUGCAUCUCUGGGUUAUUUGUGGGGCAUAGGAUUUCCCCCCAAAAAAUAUAAUCCGGCCCACCACAUGGUCUAAGGGAUGGAGGACUGGCCCAUGGCUGAAAAAGGUUGCUGACCCCUGGCCUAUUUGAUAGAUUUUAAGGAUUGCUGAAUAUUUGUGCAAAGGACUGCAAACAUUACAGACCUGUGCAAUUUGCGAGCUUACAAAAGUUGAAACAUAGCCACAUACUGUAAUUUACUUAGAUGAUCAACUAAUUUCCCCAAGGCAAAAACAGACAAUAAGUUGUAGUGGGAUUGUGGUCAGAGCUUUGCAAACCACAAGACUGGUUUGUUCUUAUAUGUUGUAUAAAUACUAUAUAUUGUACACCUGUACAAAAUUAUACUAUUUGCACAUGCAGUCAAAAGUACGGAUAGCCACAGAAAUCAACUUCUGAAACAAAAAAACACAAAUACUGUUUUAUUUGUGGGAUGUUGGUUUUACACAAAAAGUUGCAGAGUACCAAACUCAGGUUAGGUAGUAUAACAGUACUUCAGUCAAUUUGAGCCACAGGACUUUUAAAUAAGCACACCUCAAGUUUGCAAUAUGGAAACAGCUAAGACAUAAAAAGCUGUCAGUGUCAUCAGGUAAACUACUGUUUCUGCCAAAACGGUGCUUCACAGAAAGAAUUGUAACACCACCAUUCCCCCCCCAUUCCAGUCAGUGGACUCUAUGCAUUUACACAACUAUAUGAAAUGACAAAGUCUAAGGCUUUCAAGGGGUAUUAGCAGUUGUAAUUAGCCCGGGCAUAAAGCAGAUCCUUACAGUUCAACUUCAGAGUAUUUAAAAACUGUUUGAUUCAUGAUUUUGGGAAGAGAAAUCCUAAUAAGUUAAUGACAUUCUAGUACCUCUAAAGGGGGACAGAGCAACCCUCCACCAAUGCUCAGUAAGCAGAAUGCAGAUACUUACAGAUGACAUAAUCUGUAUAUAGAUAACUUUUAAAAGGUAUAAAUUAGUUAUGCAACACAAUGCAUCUGCAAAGCCACUUCCGCGCCUGCGCCGGAGGUGGGGUUGUGGGCUGCCCGACUGAACCAUCACGUAGGGGCUGCGAGCUCAGCCCCUAUGUGAUGGUAGGUUCCCGCCUGCGUCACCCCCGACCAGCCAAUGAGGUCGGUCGGGGCGGGGCCUCAUCUUUUAAAGGGCUCCGCAGGCGGGAAAAGCUCUCUCUUUCUUCCCCGUUCGCCGGAGCGAACUAUUCACCCGCCCGCCCACCCCCUAAAAAGAGAUAAGGGGACGCUGCUGUGGACGUCAGUUGGUCGCCCUGGUUGGCCAGGGGGCUGGGUAGGAUUUUUCCCAUACUGGGCUAGCCAUGAUGGGUUUUUCGCCUACCUCGUAGCAUGUCGUCACAACUUAGGUUAGGCGGUUAGGCGUUGGAAAUUUGCAUAACAAUUAGAUGGAGGAGGGGCAGGUUACGUCAUCAGCUGCCCAAAUUUGGAGAAGUAAUUCCGUUAAAGGAUUCCGGGGGCGACGCUUGGUCCUGAGCCUGGAGUUGCCUGGGCCGUAAGGCACGCCCCUUCGGUGGCCACAGGAGGAGCUCUAGUAGAUCUACGUCGCGGGGCUGCUUUCUGGUGGUUAACUUCUCACAGACUUCAACACACGGGUUGGAGUCGGAUAUAGUCCGUUAGGUUCCAACGCCUAAGCCAAUUCCGCUCUACAUGCAUAAUUAAUAAAGUUGUGGCCUUAACCACCCAAUUAAUUAAAUCUUAAUCCCUGUGUCAUGAGUCUUUAUUCAGGGGAAGGAGGGCAUAUUGCCACACAAGGUCUACUUCAGAGACAGAUGUGUAUUAAAAUUACAUACACAUCGUAUGUUUUAUGAUGCAUUUAUACUACGGUAUUGUAGAUUCUAAUAGGCAACACUUUCCCAGUUUUGUUUCCUUUAAGUUACAAAAGAAGAAAUGGAUUUGCACUACAGUAAUCAAAAUCACUUCAGAUUACGGAGACCAAAUUCCAUAUUCAAUAUUCAAUCUAUUUGGCAAAAAAGGAAAAUUAUACUGGUAUGUGGUACAGGAUCGCCCAAGAAUUUUUUAAAAUUCUUAAGUCAGUCAUGUGUGCCAACAAAUUACAUCUUUGGUAUUACAUAAGGAUCCUAUCUGACAGCAUCUGGAGUCCAAUUUCACCUUGGACCAGUUUCCUACUCAUGUAUUAGCUUACAUACUAGGUCUUUAAAAAAAAAACUUACAUCAAUCAUUUUUAUUUUACAUCAGAAUAAUGCACAUACAACAUCUUGCCAGAAUGAUUUUUGUAGAAAAGGCAGGGACAUUUUCUGCAGACAAUUGAACAACCACUCUUUUUUAAAAAAGAAAAGAAAGAAAA